UUUAUGAAAAAAAGUCAUCUAUAUUUGACUCAUUUCAUUAGUGCUUUGUUUCUUUUAGUUUAUUUUUAUCAGAAAGUGCAUCAAAAAUUAAAAAUCUAUUAUAAAUAAUAAAAAAAUUAACAUGUUAUUUAAAAUAAUUACAAUAUGUUCAAUAAUAUAUCUUGCAAAUGCAAAAAACCAAACAUGUCCAACGUAUUUGAGAGAACUGGCCAAUCAACAAACCCUUUUCAUAUACUGCAUUACCACAAAUUCAGUUCCUGUGACUAUGUGCCUCCGAUGUAAAAAUCAUCACGAUGGUGUGUUGCAGGCCUAUGAUCUCUUGUCAGCAAAUUGUGAAAAUAUAUAUUUCGAUAAGGAUCGUAUUAAUUUAGUGGCUUCCACAGAAAUGUUGCUAACAGGACUCUGGACAAAAGCGUAUUGUGAUGAUUGCUUCAACAAUAAUAAUAGCUUUGUAUUUUACGAAAAAAAUCAAGUGUUUAAUGAUUGUUUUCAAAAAUACAAGAAAAAUCCUUGCGAAAAGUGCAAAAGUCAAUAUAUGGAUUUAAAUACUUUCUAUAUCAAUUUGGAUCAACAUAAUAAUGGAGAAGUUUGCUUUGAUUUACAAGACUCAAUGAAUCGUACACGUAACAUGUGGUCGAAGGAAUUGCAUUGUUGUCGUCGUGAUUAUAAUGUAACGUUAUUUACAAUUGCUUUGGGUAUUAUUUUAUCUUUACCGCUGCUGUUUUAUUGCUCAACAUAUUUGAUAACCAAGCGGCAGGAACGCAACCAUGAUGUUUUAAAUGACGAAGAACCCAUCACAUCAUUACCGUCCACAUCUAACCGAGCUAAUAACUUGAACAAUAUCAAUAAUCCAACUCCUACAGUAAGCAACAAUCAUGCCUCUUCUUCAUCAGGCAACACAGCAAACUCCUCUUCAAUUUCAAAACCCUCGAAUAAACACAAUUUCAAUAUUUUAAAUGAAGAUUCAGAAAGUUCUGAUGAUGAAAUCGCUCUUAAAACUAAAGAUAAAUUAAAAUAAUCAUUUCACAAAUAAAUAUUUUUUCAUAAAUUACAA